AAAAAAAACAAAUUUAUUUACUUAUUUCGUUUGGCUGCAAGGGUUAUCUAUCAAACCUUUAGACUUAAAUAUAGUGUAUGAAUAAAUAAUAGCCAUUUAUAUACAAAAUUUGAUAGGAAAUUAUUAUAUAUUUUAAAUGGUUUUCUUUAGAAAAAUUAAAAAUCUUGAAAAUCAGCCAUGUCUCAUCACAAAGAUGGAUUUAGAUGCAGAUAGAAAAAGGAUAUGUCUAAUAGACAUAUCUAGCACAGUAUAUAUUUUUAGCACUUAAUCCUUACAUAAUUUAAUAGAAGAUUGGCGCUUUAAAUUUUAAAAAGAUUUAAACUAUGCUGAUAUGAAAUCUUUGGAUACUCCUUUGUUUAAAUUCUCACCUUACGAGCUUUACAAGCCAUCUUAAGUUAAAUUUAGCUCUAGCAUAUGUAAAUUAUAACAUUCUGCUGCAUAAAUCCUUGUAAAAGAUUCAUUUGAAGAAAGAGAUCAUGCAAUAAAAACGAAAAUAGAAGAUAGCUCAUUUUAAAGUGAAAAUUAAAAUUAAACACCUUAAGCGCAAUAAAAAAACAUGACAGAAUCAAAUUUAAUAUAUCAAAAACCUAAAUACCCUCGAAGUUACACUACAUAUUCUGAAAAAUCAAAUAAAAAAAUAAAAAUUAACAUGAUAUACAGUACAGAAUAGAGUAUGAUUCGCUAAGAUUCUUCAAUUUUAUAUAGCAAUUUUAAAAGAGAAAGAAUCUAGAAUAAUUAAAAUAAUAGCAAUAAUGAUUUAUAUGCACUAGCUAUACAAGAAUCAAGAGGCAAUAUAAAAGUAUAUUCACCUCUUUUCGAAAUAAAUGACUGGAUUAAAGUGGCUAACAUAGUUUACUAAGAUAAUUAAUUUUCUACCCUAGAUUUCUGUUGGUCAAGGGAAAGUAAAUUCAUAUUUGCUAUUUAUUCAGACUCACAAUUAGUAUAAUAUGAUUCAGCUCAACAGUUUACUCCUAUAAAAAAGUUUAAAGUGGAUCCAUCAGCAAAUUAUAAAAUAAUUUCUAAUAUGAGAAAUGAUUGUCUACUCUUAAAAAAUGAAAAAAAUAGCUGCUAACUAAUUGACUUUGAAAGUAAAAAGGCCUACACCUUUGAGGUAUUCAAAAAAGAAAGAGGAUAAAACAAUUAAAAUUAAUAGAAAAAUUCAAUUUUAUAAGAUAAAUAAAUAUCUUUGAGUAAUCAAAACAAAUAGAAUAAUAUUCAUAUCUUUCCAAACUCAUAAAAAGUUGUCUAGGACAAACAAACAAAUGAUUUCUGCAAUUAAAACAGUGCAGGGAAGAUAAAAACAUAAUUUAACAAUUAAUUAAUAAUGUCUUCUCAAAAGAGUAACAAUAUAAUCAAAGAAACUAAUUUAGACGAUAAAGAUGAAGAUAAUGAAUAUCCCAGUGAAAACUUGAGUGCAUCAGAUGAAAUGAUAGUGGAUAAGUGUAUUUAAGAAAAUAUUAAUGAGUAUAUUUAUGAAACACAAGCAAGUGUUAGUUCAGAUGCAAAAUAUAUUUGUCUUGGAUCAAUACAUGAAAAGGGGGUUUUACUUUACUCUGUUUAAACAAAAGAAGAAAAGGGAGAUAUAUUUGAAUGGAAAUAUGGAUUCAAAAAAGCUUGUUUUGAAGCUGAUAUUGAUUAAGUAGAAGGUUCUAGUUUUAGUGAGUACUUUUACUUACAAGAUAAUAUCUAAAUCAACAAUUACCUUACAAAAAAUCACUCAAUUAAUAGCUUUAUCAGUAAUUUAGAUGCUAGAAUUCAAAAAAGUAAAUAUAAUGAAUUAGUUUUGUAACGCAUUCUAGCUGUUGGCUAAUCUAAAUCCAUCAUUUUUUACUCAAUUAUUGAUUAUGAUAACAAGCCCUAAUUUAAAAAGAUUUUAGUUGUUAACCACUUAAAAAGUGAAGUAAAAAACAUAUUUUGGUUGAAUGCUUAUACUUUAAUCCUCUUGCUAACUGAUUAUUCAAUUAUUUAUUUUAAACUAUCACCUGUAAAUAUUGGAUUUGCUGUUCAAAUUUAGGCUAGUGAUUAUAUCAAAUGAUUUUUGCUAACUUUCUACCAGCUAAAAAAAUAAACUAAAUUUUUAUUAACGUAUGUAAUUUAAAUAAACACAAGCCAGAUCAAAUUGUUUUCUUGUUUAUAAAAACUGUAAAUUAAUUAUAAUUGAUUCUAAUUUUAAUAAUUGGUAUUAAGAUUAAAAAUGACUGGAUUCAAACAUGCAUUUUCAAUUUUUAUUUAUUUAAAAUGAAUUUCUAAUUUAUCU